UUGUAUCAGGAGCCCAAAAGUAUGCAAGUCAAACUACAACCGAGAAACACUUUCUCAUUCUUGAUAGCUUUAGGAUUUUUUUAUUUGGCUUACUUGAUAUUUUUUAAAUCAGGAGAUGAUUUUCCUGAGAUUGAUGUUAACUUGAAAGAUGUCAUUAGUUAUGCUGUUUUAGCUGUAGAAAUGGGUGGUCAUGCAGUGAAGAAGAUUCACGAAGAAAAUGUAUUGAAUAUUGCCCAAAAGGGACUAACAGAUGAAGGGAAAGCUGAAUUAUUAACAAAAGCAGACUUAGUUUCUAACCAUUUAAUACUUGAUGUACUACAGCGUUUUCCACAUCUGAAGGUUGUUACUGAAGAGAAAGACACUAGUAUAACGGAUAAAGAAGCUGAUAAAUACCGUUCUGACUCUUAUGCUCUUUGGCUAAGUGUUCGGGAUAUUUUGGAUAAAAUGCCAAGCAAAAGAAUCCCUCUGAAUGAUAUGCAAGUUUACGUUGAUCCUCUUGAUGCCACACAAGAGUUUACCGAAAAUUUGGUUGAGUAUGUUACUGUGAUGGUUUGUGUAGCAGUGGGAGAUGAACCCAUUUUCGGAGCUAUAUAUAGGCCUUUCUACAACGAAACAGUGUUUGGUGUCAAAGAUUGGGGUGUUAUGUCUUCGAAUGGUCAGAAGGUGAAUCUCCCUGAUAGGUCCACAGUCCCGAAGAGAAUUAUAGUCUCUAGAUCCCAUUCUGGAGCUGUUCAAACGUUAGCAGAAAAGUCUUUCGGAAAUACUUACACAGUAGAACCUGCUGGUGGUAGUGGGUACAAGACUUUACGGGUUGUGAAUGGAACAGCAGAAAUUUACGUUCAUCAGACUGCUAUCAAAAAAUGGGAUACUUGUGCCGGAGAUGCUGUACUUAGAGCUUUAGGAGGUGCCAUGCUCGAUCUGACUGGAGAACCGUUGAAAUAUGGACCAACAUCGGAAAUCGUGAAUAGAAAUGGAUUGAUAGGAACGGUUCAGGAUCCUUAUAGCUAUUAUAAGUUAGUGCAGCCACAUAUACCUCAGUGA